UAUGUCCCGUGUACUUUUGCUCCUGAACGCGGCGGUGUUUUGUUUGCGCGAGAGUGCGGCGCGUGAAGAUGUCGGUUGUGGGGGAGCACCGCGAGACCGGCUAGUGUUUAAAACCCAACGGAGAACCGGACAGAACCAGUACAGAAGCGGGACAGCACCGUAGAGGACGGGCGCGGGUGGACUCCACUUCUCUGAGCCGGAGUCGGUGUAACACGAUACGGGGACAGACCUCCAGGCUCCCAGGCGGCUGCUGUGAGUCUCUCAGCCGGGCUGAGUGAGGGUCAGCCAGGCAGCAGACUCCUCCACAGACUGCCUCUCCACCUUGUGCUCCGGAGCUCUAUGCCGGCGGCUGGCUGCCGGUGGACGCGGGCUCUCGGUUAGCGGCGCGUCGCGGAGACAGCGGGGAUGUUGUCCGUGCUUUCCUACGGGAGGAUCGUGGCCAGGGCCGUGCUGGGUGGACUGUCUCAGACCGACGGCCGCGACUAUAGCCUGAUCACGGCCAGUUGCGGCUUCGGCAAGGACUUUAGGAAGGGCAUCCUGAAGAAAGGGAUGUGCUACGGGGACGACGCGUGCUUCAUCGCCCGCCACCGGUCCGCGGACGUGCUGGGUGUGGCGGACGGCGUGGGUGGAUGGAGGGAUUACGGUGUGGAUCCGUCUCAGUUCUCUGCUACGCUGAUGAGGACGUGUGAACGCCUGGUGAAGGAGGGUCGCUUCACCCCCACUAGCCCAGUGGCGAUCCUCACUUCAGCCUACUACGAACUUCUACAGAACAAAUUGCCCCUGCUGGGAAGCAGCACGGCGUGUAUCGUGGUGUUGGACCGGCGGAGUCAUCGGAUACACACGUGUAACCUCGGGGACUCCGGCUUCCUGGUGGUCCGGGGUGGGGAGGUGGUCCACCGGUCAGACGAGCAGCAGCACUACUUUAACACACCUUUCCAGCUUUCCAUCGCCCCGCCCGGCGCUGAGGGAGUGGUGCUGAGUGACAGUCCCGAGGUGGCAGACAGAUCCUCAUUCGAUGUCCAGCUUGGCGACAUCAUCCUCACGGCGACCGACGGCCUCUUCGACAACAUGCCGGACUACAUGAUCCUGCAGGAGCUCAAGAAGCUCAAGAACACCAACUACGAUAGUAUCCAGCAGACGGCGCGCAGUAUUGCAGAGCAGGCACACGAGCUGGCCUACGACCCAAACUACAUGUCCCCCUUUGCCCAGUUCGCCUGUGAUAACGGCCUGAAUGUUAGAGGAGGAAAGCCUGAUGACAUCACGGUGCUGCUGUCCAUAGUGGCAGAAUAUACGGACUGAGCAUGCUCACUGGAGCUGGUUGUUUCUGGUCCUUGUGUCUUCCGCCUUGGCCUCCCUCCACCCCUCUACUGUCGUUCUGUCCUCUCCUGUCGCUCUGCCUCCUGUCGCUCGUGUGGACCCGUCUCUCCUUCCCCCAUUCCUCUGCAUCAUUUCAUCGCUUUGUGACUCUGAGAAUCUCUCCAGCCAAUCAGUGGAGGAGGAGGAAGUGGACGGCAUGGACCGGUCGGCGUGGGCGGAUGGGAUGGAGCGUUCUAUAGGAGGCUAUUUAUGUUGAAUUCAUGACCUCCUCUUUGCCCAGGAGGAUUAUGGGAGCAUGAGUCACCGGCUGGUCUGCGUCUGUGUUGUAUGUGAUUAAGUUGUAGGCUUGGGAGAUCUGCUGCUGCUGCUGCUUCUGCUGCUGCUGUCGGGUUCCGAGCAGCGAGAGGGCCAUGCUUUAUCUAAAGGUGCUUCUACAUGAGGUUGCUAUUUUUAUGGGAAAUUGGGGAUGGUGGUGUAUGUUUUUAUCAUUAUUUUCCUCCUUUUUUUUUUUCUUUCUAGAUGAAAGAAGUGAAUGUGAGGUGUGUUAAAGCUGUGUGUGUAUGAGUGUGUGUAGAAAAGUGUCUCCAGAUUUUGCCCUUGUAUUGUAGAGCUGCACAAUAUAUAUAUGAGAGAGAGAGAUAGAGAGAUACUGUGAUUUGUACGGUUUUCCAAUUAUAGAUUCGAUCGAUUGUGAUUGAGUCUUUGAGUUCCUUGUGGAGGCAUGUCUAUUAAUCAGAUCUCUCACCAGGAGGUGCACUACCCAAUAGUAGCCUAUGAGAGCCUUUUUACAGUGGCAAGACCCAGCGUCCAAUCAGAGCACACCUGUAAUCAUUUACAUAUUUAUAUAAGACCUGAUUAUAUGCCUAUAUGAGUUUAUUGAUUAGUGAUGCGCUAGAUACGGAUGUCCUGAUCUGCUAAUCAUUUAGAGUUAUUUUUAAAUAUUUUUAAUAGAUUGUUUUAAUUUGUACCAGCUGUUUAAAGUUCAGUUUAAUUAGAGCAUUUGCUUUUAACCACAGUGUUCAGAGCGCCAACUAUACUGAAUUGUAGCUCAGUUGAUAGCACAGAGGAGAGGAGAGUUCUCAAAGUAAAUAAAGAAGUUUAUUUCGAGUUUGCAGCGCGGAACUAUUUUAAAAUGCAGCCCAAAAAACACCCAUAAUAUAUAUAUAUAUAUAUAU